GUGACCUUCCUGUGUGGAAUCCCGGGAAUACAGAGGACGGGGACAUCUCUCUGGUGGGUUCCCAUGACUGGAUCCAUCUAGAUCCUUGUGUCCUUCUAAAUACUCCCACUCCUCCAUGGAGAAAUAGACAGUGACACCCUGACACCUUAUAGGAACCUGACACACACAAUGAUACAGUCACCAUCCAGACACAUCCCUUGUCUGUUACUGGAGAAUGUCCCAGAAUUCCCGGCACCGCUCACCUCUCCUGUCAGCAGCUCAGUGAUCUCUCUGGUGACUUCUAGAAUCUUCUUCUUC